AUGCAAUAAAUUUAGGAUCACUUAAUUGAAGAUGAAGAUGUUUUGUAUUAAAUGUCAUAAUAAAUUAUUUCAAUCUAAUUGAAUGAAAUACCUUGUACAGUAUAGAAAGAGAAAUCAACCGAAAAAUUAAUACUGUUUUUAGGAUUUUAGCAUGAAACCUUCGAUUAAUUUUAUAGUCACUUUAUUGAUAAAAAAUGCCUCCAAGAAAACACAUUUUUCAAGAUUGUUUUGAUAAGGAAAAAUUAGCAAUCUUGCUUUCUCAUUAAUAGUCCAUACUCUCUAAAGAAAUGCACUGAUUAUGAUUAAGAUUUAGAUUAAAAAAUAAUGCUAUUUUCUUCUAAAAUUAAUUUAGAAUAAAUUUUGGAGUAAUUUCAUGAAUGUAAAGCUCAUCUUGUUGUAAAUUAUAAAGAACUAUUAGGAAAUACUUAAUAAGAGAAACUUUAAAAUUUAAUAGAUAAAUAAUUAUUGUAUUUCGGAAAAAUCAAAUUAAAAUAAAAGUACAUCUCAAUUAUCCAUUUAGAAAGAGAAAACUAUUAUUCUCUCAUUAUUGUUAAAGAUUUAAAAUCUUUGAAUUUAAUAGAAUUAAAUUUCAUAACAAUUGUAUUAAUCUUAAAUACAAUAUUCAAAAAUGUUUCAUUUUUUGAGUUUAAAAUUACAUAGAAUCCCCUCAAAUUGAAUUAUGGUGAAAUGAGCUGUCAUAUGAUGAGAUAACAAGAAAAAUUAUUGAAAAUAGUAAAUAACAAAAUAGAAAGGCUUUGGAUAUAAUUGUUGAAUUUACAAUAAAUACCUAAAAUUGAUGAGUGUUAUGGAUUUUAAUUAUCAUUAGGAAAUUAUCUAGAGUAGCUUAAUGGAAUCCUAAAUUUAUAUUUGAAACCAAAAUUAACGGUUUUAUGGAAAAUUAUGUAUAAAAUAAAUUCAAUAACUAUGAAUUUUGGAAAAGAUAUUAAUAAAGAGUUGGCAAAAUUGAAUUAAUCGCCUUAAUUAGAAGAAUUUUUGAAACUCAAUUAUUAGACAUAAAUUAAUUGAAAGAAGUUAAUGAAUUUUUUACAAAAUAUCAUAAAUAUGAAUAUGAUAAUGUUGUUAUCGUAUCAAUUUAGAAUUUAGCUAUUAUUGUAAAUUGUUGGAGUAAAUACUUCAAAAAUCACUUAGUGUACAAGCUCUUUUAAUUGAAUCAAAUAGGAAAGAAUGUUCAAACUCUACCAUAAUAGGAUUUUGAGACAGGAGUCUUCUUAUUCGGAAAAAGUCGAGUAUGAAA